AUGAACGUUGAGACCGAAUCGCCCUAUGGCGGCGACAACCGUUUGAUUCAGGGUAUCACUGCUCAUUUCAUGGUUCACACUGUAUUCCCCGUGGGACCUGGUGACAAGGUGUUGGUCCAUGCGGCCGCUGGUGGGACUGGAUCCCUAAUAUGUCAAGUUGCUAACAAUGCAGGAGCUUAUGUCAUUGGCACAACAAGCACAGAAGAGAAAGCCGUUAAGGCAAAGGCUUGUGGAGCGGAUGAAGUUAUUCUGUACUCUCAUCAAGACUUUGUCCAGGAAGUCAACAGGAUCACGGGAGGUACUGGAGUCAAUGUCAUUUAUGAUGGGGUUGGAAAGGAGACCUUUUACAAAGGUUUUCAGUGCCUUAAGAAACUUGGUACCAUGGUCCUUUACGGCUACGCAUCUGGCAUCCCAGAAUCUUUGGACCCUUUUAUUCUUUCAAAUGGGAAUGGGUCACACACUCUCUCUCACCCAAAGAUAGUCGACUAUGUAGCCACGCCCGAGGAGCUGUCUCGGAGAGCAAACGCUGUCUUUGAUUGGAUCACAGAGGGAAAGAUAAAAAUGGAAGAUUUCACCACAUUUAAGCUUUCAGAGGCGAAGAAAGCUUUUGAUUUGCUGGAAGGCAGAAAGACCACUGGAAAACUCUUUCUUAAACCUUGAAGAAAAAAAGCAGGGUAUUAAUGCUAAUUAAUCUAGCCUGGUAAUGUGAUAUUUCAAAAAUUGAUUUCAGCACUCUGAUAUUUUAGUCUUGCGUGAGACUUGUCAUUACAUUCCCGCUGACAAGCAGACUGUAAUCUCGAGAUUUCUAUAGCGUGACAGUUGAUAAAGGCGAAGACUGGAUCAAUCACGCAUAGAAAAUAGAGAGCUAACAACCUAAAUGUUUUCUUCUAAACCUUAUUAAUUGAUGAGUAUUAAUUAGUGCUUGUGAAUGUUAAGUCUACAUAUCACAUAUCACAUAAAGAAGCUUCAAUCUGUUAACCCUUAAAGUCCCACGACUGAGCAAGAGAAAAUGUCUCCCAAACAUCAAGCAGAAAAGUGAUAAGGGGGAGGGGGGGGGGCAGCUAGUGCUCUCUUCUUUUUUUCGUUAAUCAUAAGUCAACAAAACAUGUAAGUGCAGGAUACAAAUAAAAGGGUGCUGUGGUC